AUAUAAGAAACCUAACCCAUCAUAACGAAGUAGAAACAGACAUUCAUAACAAUGUUAAAUAGCAAUAGCAACAGCAAUAGCAAUGGCAAUGGCAAUAGUAAUAGUAAUAUUUUACACAGGCACAAGAUGUGGCUGUUGAUUGCAAUCCUGGUUUUAACACAAGCACCCGUGAACUCAGAAGAUGUCAUCGAGCAGAAAAAGGUUAUAAAUCCCGAGACUUUCAUGAAUGUUAGCCAAAUCAUCUGCCACAGAGGGUACCCCAGUGAGGAGUAUGAAGUCCUGACUCGUGAUGGCUACUAUGUCAGCCUCAACAGGAUUCCUUAUGGAAGACCAAAUCCUAGGAACAGAGGGCCCAAUCCAGUCGUGUUUCUCCAGCACGGCUUACUCGGAGAAGGCAGCCACUGGGUCGAAAACCUAUCUAACAACAGCCUUGGCUUCAUACUCGCAGACUCUGGCUAUGACGUCUGGCUGGGAAACAGCCGGGGGACAAGCUGGUCCCAGCGACACCAGCACCUUUCUGCUGACCAGGCUGAAUUCUGGGAUUUCAGCUUCCAUGAGAUGGCAAUGUACGACCUCCCAGCCAUGAUCAACUUCAUCCUGCAGAAGACUGGACAGAAGCAGAUCUAUUACAUUGGCUACUCCCAGGGCUGCACGAUUGCGUUCAUUGCCUUUUCAUCCAUGCCAGAACUGGCUCAGAAAAUCAAACUGUUUUUUGCCCUGGCUCCAGUAGUGACAGUCAAACAUGCCAGAAGUCCCAUCAUGAAACUGUCCUUCCUUCUAGACAGGCAAUUCAAGACGUUACAGCUCCUGCUCGGCAGAACGGACGCCUCGCUGCGGAUGAGGAAACUGUGGAGGUUUCUCCCCCAGCUCUGCAGGAACCAGCUGCUGCACAAGCCUUGUGCCAACCUCCUCUUCCUGCUGGGUGGCUACAACGAGAAGAACUUCAACAUGACACGGCUGGAUGUGUAUACAUCCCACUAUCCGGAUAGGACAUCUGUCAAAACCAUGAUACACUGGGCCCAGGUAAUGAAAUCAGGAGAAUUCAAAGCCUUUGACUAUGGCAGUGAAAACCCAGCCAUAUACCACCAGGAGACACCUCCCUUGUACCAUGUGGAGGAGAUGCCCGUGCCCACCGCAGUGUGGUCGGGAGGACAGGACUGGGCAGCUGACUGGAGAGACAUCCGCCUGCUACUGCCCCGCAUCGCCCACCUUGUUACCUACAGCCACAUGCCCGACUGGAACCACUGGGACUUCAUCUGGGGCUUGGAUGCCCCCGCGCGACUCUACAGCAGCAUCCUGGAGCUGAUGGAGGGGUCUCAGUAGAGUGGUGGGUCCCCAGGGAGAUGCCAGUGGCCUGGCCCCUCUCCGUCAGCUGGGACAUCCCCUAUUGUCCCCUCCUUACUGCUGGCCUGACACACUUGUGGUGAUGGUGCUUCCCAUGCAGCCGUUGGUCAUCAGGGUUUGUCCUCCUUGCUUGAGAGCUCAUCAUGGUCCAGUGACACCGUGCAGGCAGGCAGCACCGGGGUAAACCGAGGCAUCAGGGCAGGCAGGAGCCACCAGUCAGGCAGCCCUGCUGGAAGGGUGAUGGUGGAGCCACAUCCUGGGCUGUGCAAGGGGGAUGUGAGGACCCUGCUGUGACCCCAGUGGGUUGGAGAUGAGAGCACCCAACCCACAAGGAGAUGGGAAGGAGCUGGGCUUAUUGGGUCUGGCCAUGGGGAGGUGGGGGGUGUCUGAGUCCAACCCCCAGUCACAAGAAGGGAUGCAGGGAGUGGAUGGAUGUAUGGCCAUGGUUCCCCUAUGAAGCUGCCACCAGGCUGGUGUUCUGCUGUGGUGUGCAUGCCCUUCCAUGUGGUCCCACCCUGCUGCUUGCUGGAAAAACGGAGGUGGGGAAAAUCCCUCCUAAAUAAAGAAUCAUCA